GUCAUCAAAUGCUGUCCUUCGGCAAGUUCGUUUGAAUUCCUUUCGUUCUAUUUCCUAACAUCUUUCGAUAUAGCGAUAUUCAGUUACGCAGGACGACUUCAAAGAAGACCACCUGGAACUCGACCAUAGUUCCUUGUAGAUGACGUCAUGAUUGGAACUAGCCCACCACUUUGUUUGGUCGACCAAAGGUAUUGAAUUUAGCUCUUACCACUCAUAUAUUAACCAUGUACUAUCUAAUUUACUAGCUGCUGUAGGCUACUAUCAACAAAACUAGAUCAACAUUAUCGACAAUGGCAUUGGCAGACGAUGUCGGAUGGCUAUGGUCCCCGGAGGAGACAAAGGCGCUGAUCUCGGUAUGGUCAGACGAACAGAUUCUUCUGAAAAUGGAGCAAACGUGUAGAAACAAACAUGUUUACAGGGAAAUUUCGGAGCGGCUAAAUGACCUUGGUGUCAAACGGACGUGGAAGCAGUGCCAAAAUAAAAUGAAGGCCUUGAAGUAUAGAUACGGACAAACACGCAGAGACCCAUGCAAUAGUGACCGAACGACCUGUCCAUUCUUUUCUGAACUGGACGAAUUUCUCGCUGCCAUGCCUGAUAUGACGGAGUCCAAGGAAACUGGCGAUGCGGAAGGUCGUCCUCUUCCUCUGUCUUCUCUGCGUCUUUUGGUUCCUCCACUGCGGCUGGUGUCUGCAGCUCUGUGGCAAGUUGUUCAGCGGAGAGACACAAUGGACUACGGGUUGGUGGAGGAGUUUGUAACCACUGUGUUGGAGAUAAUCCCUGAUCUGAUGAGUUACAGAGAGAAAGUCCAACUCAUCAUGGGGCUGCGAGCACAGUUGGUUCUGGAGUUGUGUCGCUCUGAUCAUUCAGCUGACCUGGAGACCAUCCAGCCACACCUGAGCAAGAUGAGGACCUGCAUCAUCACUCAUAGAGAACGGGAGAUAGAUCCACAGGUCGAGGCAUCAGAGUCAAACUUCUUGGAACUUGUCCAAACUCUUCUAGAUGACCCAAUUGAGAGGGAACACUUCUUCCAGGAAGUUUUUCCAGAAGAAUUCGGCCCCAUGUAUGACACAGCACUGCAGACUCUGAUGUGGGAGUUCCUCUCCAGGCUGGAGAAGCUGCUUCCAACACCAACAUUUCAACAGACUGCAUCAUGGCUCAGACCUGCCCACUCUAUGCUGAAGGAGUGUGCACAGUCUGUGACUCAACCUCAGCCUUUGAAGACCCUUCUCCAGCACCACAGAUGCCAUGACCAUUUGUUCACUAAUGCUCAUUCUUCUUGUGCCGAUGAUCGCAUCCUCUCUUCACUGUAUCACACGCUCUCAGAGAGGGUGGAAAUGGACAUUGAUGAAGCACGCUCACAUAGCCAGUCUAUAGCCACAUGUGCACCCAGAAAUGAAAGGGACACUUUGAUAGAGCAAGAUAAUGCAGAGAAGGAGCGGGGGAUGAGUUUGGACACGGUUAAGAAGGCAGUGGAAAUGAUGGAUAGAAGGACAGAGGAAUGGGGAGAGAACAACUAUGAGGAGAGACUGCAACAUCAGUUGGCUUAUGAUGUUUUACAGGUAGAGAUUGUAGAUGGAGAAGACAUGUCCUCAACGUCAUUGACAACAGCCGACAAUGUCGGAGGGACCUGGUCCCCAAAGGAAACAGAAGCGCUAAUCUCUGUAUGGUCAAACAAACAGAUUCUUCAGGAGAUGGAACGAAGUUAUAGAAAAAAACAUGUGUAUAGCGAAAUUUCAAAGCAGAUGAAGGACCUUGGCGUCAAAAGGACUUGGAAGCAGUGUCAAACAAAGAUAAAGGACAUGAAGUUCAGCUACAGACAAACACUGAGGAACCCAAGCAGUAGUGGCCGAGUGACCUGUCCAUUCUUUUCUGAACUGCACACAUUUCUUGCCGCCACACCUGAUACAACUGAUAUCCAGUUUCCUGAGUCUAAGGAAACUGGCAAGGUUUCAGAUGCAGAAGUCAAGUCCUCAGAUCAGGAUGAAGGGCCUUCUGUGGAUGUCAAGUUAGAGAAUCUACAUGAGGAAAUGGCUUCCAGAAAAGAGACACACAAGACACUCACCGGAGAGCAAACAGAAGGGAGGAAAUUGGAUGAGGCUUUUCACAGCCCUCAAUGUCACAGCAGAAUGAAAAUCAGAAGAAUAUCCCACCGUUGCGAACAGAUGGUUGAAGACAAGUCAGAUUUGGACCUUCAGCCCGUAGUGCUGUUGACACCACUUGAUGAAACCCUUCUGAUGACAGGUGGUGCUCCUCGUCCUGUUUCCCAUACCACAGGGCAGUCUUCUAAAAGAAGCAAACGUGCCAAAAUAUGCUCCUUAUGUGGGAAGAGUUUUGUUGAAGCAAAAGAUUUGACAACACACAUGAGAACUCACACUGAACAGAGCCCUCACCAGUGCACCCAGUGUGGGGAAGGCUUUGAACAUCAGGACGACUUACAAAAACAUCAGCAGAAUGAGUGUGAUGAGAUGAUGAACCAACAGGAGGCCAAUGAACACCAGCAUGGAAAGGACAGGAUCUCAGGACAAUCCAGUAAUGCAAGUAGUGAUCCCAAAACAUGCCAUCUAUGCCAUAAGACUUUUGAAUUUCAAUAUGUGUUGAAAGAUCGUCGUAUUGUAUUUCACAAAGGAAAAAGCCUUUAUAAGUGUCCUCUGUGUAUGAAGGGUUUUGGGAAAGACAGGAGUAAAAAAAGAGGUUGUCCUUCAAGUGAAGUCUUCAAAAAAAGGAGGGAGCUAGGGUCAAAUGAAAACGUUGUCAGACUGAACUCGACCCGCAACAAGUGCCCUGACAUCUUCAAGUGCUCCUUUUGUGAAGAGAUAUUUUCUCGGUGCAUGGACCUGAAGAGCCACUACAGUCGUACUCAUCAAUUUACGGGACCAUUCCCCUGCCCUUCUUGUCAGAAGACUUUUGUUUCAUUAACUGAGCUGCGCUUACAUCAAAGAAAUGAGUCCACUCCUUACCAAUGCUCUGUGUGCCAGCGAUCAUUCUUAUCACUCGAUAAGCUGACUGUUCAUGAGAGAAUUCACACAGGGGAAAAACCGUACCUCUGUGUUGAGUGUGGAAAAGGUUUCCGGGAUGCAAAAACCCUGGAAGAACACUCUAAGAUUCAUGUUGAGGGAGAACUCCACACCUGCUCCCAUUGUGGGAAAAGUUUCAAGAGAAAAGAGCUAUUGAAACAACACAUGUUAAAUCACAAAGAUGCUGCUUUCGUCUGCCCAGACUGUGGUAAGAAGUUUUUUCGGUUGGUAUGGUUAAGAAGGCAUAUGUUAAUGCACACUGGCGAAAGACCAUUCCUCUGUGAUCUCUGCGGGAAGGGUUUCAAAUCUACAGUUGAAUUGAGGUUACACACCCGGACACACACUGGAGAACGGCCAUUCAAGUGCCCAGAAUGUGAAAGAAGUUUUAAGCAGAAGUGUCAUCUGCAGAUGCAUCGGCGGACGCACACAGGGGAGCGGCCGUAUCCAUGCACCGUGUGUGAUAAACGCUUUUAUGUCAGCAAAGAUAGAAAACGACAUAUGCUCAUCCAUACUGGAGAGAAGCCGUUCAAAUGUCAAGUAUGUGGCAUGGCUUUCAACCGUAAAGGGCAUUUGAGGGUACACCAACAAACCAAGAGGUGUUCAUAUAGGCACACAAGUCCCCUACAUAACACAUCAUUAUAAUAAUAAGUGGUUUCCUGACUGUGACAGAACUGGGCCUGUUCCUUUAAUCCACACUCUUAACAUGUGCAUACCAUCAAAUAAUAAUAUGAAGCUAAGAAAAAGCAUUUGUUUACAAAGUGACAACAAUAUAAACAAUGGAGUAGUAGCCUAUGUUAUUUUUUGUUACAGUUAUGAAUUUUGUAAAAAGAAAUUAACCUAAACAAGGACUUAUUAUGUAUGUGACUGUUAUUAAAUUGUAUUUUAAAGUUA